UUUAGUAGGAUACAGGCCUGUAGAUUGAUAAGCUUCCAAUGCCGAGGUCCGUAUUCAUUUCAUUCCUUCAUUUCCAUCCCUAUCCCCAGUACCGCCGACCUUCGUGCUUGGUUUCUAGUCCACGCCGUGUUCUUUUUCUUCGUCGUCUCACAAGUAGCUGUGCAUCCACGUUUAGAACUAGUGGACCAGAAAUUCGCCAUACGUAGUGCCGAAUCAUUCUUAGCAUCAAGGUAGAUAGGGUAUACGAAGUUGCCGGCUGUAAGUAACCUACCGGUGGCAUUAGAUGCUCGGAAUCUACUGCUCAGGUCUAGUUAACAUAGUCACCACGGCACGUGAGGCAAAACACAGUACCGAUUGCCAUUCGCUGUUAGAGAAUCUACUGCCGAACGGCAUCCCCUCUGGGUCUGGCAUAUCUAGUGCCUUGAUAAAUUAUUAAAAUCCAAGGCGCCGUGUCCAGCGUCCACCGGCAGUGUCAGUGUCCGUGUCCGUGUGCAGAAUACUAGAGAGUAUUCCUUGUGAUCUCCUCUCCUCCGAGGGGCUGCAUGGUUACUUCCAUGUUCCAGACUCUGCUGGCUCGCCCUGCGUCGCGCAGCCAAGUCCGUGACUUUGAUGAUGCAUCCAAGGAGGGUUCUAAGACAGAGGCGGUGAAGAAGCAGGCUCCGUCGGCAUCAUCAUUGUCCGCAUCACCGUUUGCUAAAGUAGUCGCUACUUACGAGGACGAUGGCCUUAUUUGGAAUUGCGCGCUCGCUCCCCAUCCCACCGGCGAGGUGUCCAUGGCUCUCGCGGACGGCAACAUGGUGUGCGAGGACUUCAGCCGGGUGGAGAUAGGCGCGUUCGGAACUCUCGUUGGCGUGUUUGACGGCCAUGGCGGGCCGCAAGCCGCGCGAUUCGCGGCGGACAGCCUCCUCGCCAACGCGCGCCGCGCGCUCGGAACAGGCCCGUGCCAGGAGGCAGAGGCGCGAAGCCGGGGGGCAAGCGAGGGGGGGGAAAGCUUGCAAGAUAGCAGCAUGUGGCGCGACGGAGUAGGAGGGGACCCGCCAAGGCAAGGGGCAGCGGUGCAGACGCAAACACCAAGGGAGGAGGCAGCGGCAUCAGGAGUAGGAGCGACUGAAGCACAGCUGGUGCUUCCAGCUGCAGAGGCAGCAGCAGCAGCAGCAGCAGCAGCAGAGGCGUCAUCAUCAGCAUGUGACUCACCUAGGCCGGACUCAACAGAGCGCACGAACGAGCACAGCGAGGACCGCAGCAACGACUGCAUCAACGACCGUAUGAGCAGUGCCAUGCUAUCCGCGUUUGAAGCCACCGAAGCAGAGCUCCUCUCCUUUGUGCGAGCCUCCUGGCAGCACAAGCCCGAGCUCGCCAACUCCGGCUCCUGCGCCCUCCUCGCCUACUUCCCCGCCCAUGGCUCGUCUCUGGUUGUGGCGUCCCUCGGUGACUGCCGUGCCGUGCUGGGGAGGAGACGGCCGCUCGUAGGAGGCCUGCUGGAGAGUGCGCAGAGUGUUGUCAGUGGGAUGGGGAUGGGGUUGGGCCAGUUUGCUGGUGCUGGUGCUGGCGCUGGUGGCCGGAACAGCAGCAGUGAUCAUGGGAGCAAGAGUAGGGGGUGGAGGAGCAAGGGCGGGUUUCACAGCUGGGGGAGCAGCCCCAGAAGCAGCAAUGGUAGCAGGCACGGUGGCGGUGCGGGGAGGAGUGGUCUGGUUACGAACGAUAGUGGAAGCAGCGACAGCAGUCGCGCCAGCAGCGGCAGCUGGAGCAGUAGUAGGAGCGAGAGCAGGACCAGUGGUUUUGGUGGCACUGGUAGUGCUCCCAGUGCUUCUGCUGGUGGUAGUGGUGGGGCAAUGGGGUUUCUGAGCAGGUGGAUCGGGGGGGUAACAGCAGUGCCUUUAUCAGAGGAGCACAAUGCAAGCCAGGAGAGGGAGCGGCAGCGGCUGCAGCAGUCCCACCCCGACGACCCCACCGUCGUGAUGCACAGGAACGGAGCAUGGCGCGUGAAAGGAAUCAUCCAAGUGACACGCUCCCUCGGCGACUUCUACUUAAAGCACAAGGAGUUCCAGCAGCACCCGCUGGCCAAGCGCUUCCGCCUGGACCACCUGGGCCCGCCCUCGGUGGCGCUGCAACGGCCGCUGCUGAGGAGCGAGCCGAGCGUAGUGCAGGUGGCGCUCGGGGACGAGGACCAGUUUGUGAUCCUGGCAUCGGACGGGCUGUGGGAGCACAUGAGCAGCGCGGAGGCCGUCAAGAUGGUCAGCUCGCGACCCAGACAGGGCAUAGCGCACUAUCUUGCCCGCACGGCCAUAUCGCGAGCAGCUCGCAAGGUGGGGCUGAGCCUCCUGGAGCUGCGGCUGCUGGACCCUGUGCACCGGCGCAAGGUGUAUGAUGACAUCACUGUGAUCGUGGUGUUCCUGGUCAAGCACACCCAGGCAGCUACAGCUGCUGGUAAAGCUGAUGCUGCUGUGCGCGUGGAAUCUAGGAGCGCUGCCCCUUUCGCUGCUGCUGAUUCGCUUUUUGGAGGUGACGACCCUGUUGGAAGCAACAAGGCAGAGGGGGUUGCUGUCAAUGCAAGGACCACAAGUGCCAGCAGCAGCAGCAGCAACAGCAGCAGCAGCAGUGAGGGUAGCAGGGUUGGCAAUGGAAGCCGUGGGGGGGGGUGCGGGAAGGUCAGCAGCAGCGCCAGCAGCAGCAGCAGCACUGUCUCCAGUGAGAGCUUAUCACCGAGAUCGCCUCACCACCCUCCUCCUCCUGCUCCUCCUCCCUCUGCUGCUGACGCUGCGGUCACUUCCAACACAGUUGCUCGUUCCACGCUCAUCUCUGCUGCUACGGCCCCUGCUGCUCCUGCAGGUGAUUCCUUCCCUCUGGCCUCUGAAUCUCCCAGUGCUGCUACUGGUGAUUCCUGCCUUCCUGUGGUGCCAUCCUCCCAUCCUGCCCAUGUGGCCCUUGUGAGUCCAGCAGCUGCCCCCGAGGCAAGUGCGUUGAAGGCAGAGGCACCUUUGCAGGAGGUGAUGGCACGGGGCUCAGCAGCGAUGCUGACCAUCUGCAGUCGUUGGCAGUGAUGGUGACGAGGCAUGAGCCGAUUGUGUGUGGUGGUGUGAGGUGUGGAACAUGGGAGGGGUAAUUAGGGGGUUCUGGCUGUUCUGCUGUUCGUGAAAUUAUGGGUUGCGUGCAUGCACGGGCUUAUGGAGGGAGACAAUGUAAAGACCAUAAGUCUUUCUGCAUGGAUGGUUGGGUUGCUGUUUUUCCUUUUUUUAGAGAGUAGUAGCAUACGUGCAUUGCAACUAUGGAAGCAAUAGAUGCUUCUGUUAUGAAAAAUUACGUUUAAUAAUGUGUUUGUUCCUUG